AUGCUCCGUGCCUCGCGCCCCGGUCUCCACGCCGGCCGCGGCCGCGUCUCGGACUGCAGCCCCCUUCCGGGGCGCCGCCUAGGUGCUCUCAACCGUGGCCCGUGGGACCCAACACCCCCGACGCCCCCCGCACGCCGCCGCGCCCGGAGCUGCGCUCGGGGCCGCGCCCGGAGCCGCCCGCACCGCCGCCUCCGCCGCACCCCGCCGCCCCGGCGCCCGCGAAGCCCCACGCCCCGCUCCGGCCGCCCCGCCGCGCCUGCGAGGCCCCGCCGCCGGCGCCCCCGGGCUGCACAAUGCGCCGCGCCGCCGGGGUCUGUCGCCCAGGGCAACCGCAGGACGCGAGACAGCGCGACGGGGGGCGGGGGCACGCGGACCGGCCCGGGGGCCCAGGUGGUAGAAGGGAGCAAGGAGGAGGGGCCCGAGGCCGAGGUCGAAGCAGGGAUGGAGCCAGGUGAACCGGACAGGCUGCCAUCAGAGCCCACGUCGUUGGAAGGGGAGCGCAGAGCAGAAUCUAAAUUAAAACGAGGCGUUUCACAAGACUUGGUUUCUUCCCCCAAAUUAGACAGAUUCAAAAUAGCAAAGCAACUAACGGACAAGGCAAUCAAGGAAAAGAAGAUCUUCUCCAUCUACGGACACUACCCAGUGAUCCGGACCACCCUGAGGAGGAAGGGCUGGGUGGAAAAGAAAUUCCACUUUCUGACCAAGUUCGUGCCGAGUGUCGACGGCGACGGGGAAGGGGUGCCGGACAACAAACAUGCUGAAGGCAAAGAGAGUCAAGAUGUGGCUUUAGAGAAAGCAGACGACAUCCACGAUGUGAUGUCCAGGUUGGUAAAAAAUGAAACGCCCUACUUCCUCUGGACAAUCAAAAGGGACAUCGUCGACUAUCACAGCCUAAGCUGUGACCAGGUGCUGAACCACUACGGGAAGACCGCGUCCUUCACCACCAAGAUCGGGCUGUGUGUGAGCAUGCGGAGCCUGCCGUGGUACGUCCAGGCCAACCCCGACACCUUCUUCCCGCGCUGCUACAGCCUCUGCACAGAGGGUGAGAAGCAGGAGUUCCUGGACGACUUCCGGCGCACGGUGGCCUCCAGCAUCCUGAAGUGGGUGGUCAGCCAGCAGAGCAGCAGGAGCAAGCCGAGGAGCAGGCGGGACGAGGCCCGCGAGAGCGCCGCCAGCCGCAGGAAAGUUCCUGAGGGAGCAGGAUCGAGGCUCACGGGCCUGUCGGGGCAGCUCGUGGACGUCGCGUGCAAGGUGUGCAAGGCCUACCUGGGGCAGCUGGGGCACGAAGACAUUGACCUCACCGAGGACGCCGCCAGGGCCCUCACGGAGGACGAGUGGAGCGACCUGACCCAGCAGUACUAUGCGCUCAUCCACGGCGAGGCCUUCAUCCCCAGCUCCAGAAAUCACUUUUCGCAGUGCCAGGCCCUGCUGAACAAAAUCACCUCCGUGAACCCCCAAACCGAGAUCGACGGGUUUCGGAACAUCUGGAUCAUCAAGCCUGCGGCCAAGUCCCGCGGCCGAGACAUAGUGUGCAUGAACCACGUGGAGGAGAUCCUGGAGCUGGUGGCUGCAGACCAGCUGCCCGCCAAGGACAACAAGUGGGUGGUGCAGAAGUACAUCGAGACGCCGCUGCUCAUCUAUGACACCAAAUUUGACAUCCGGCAGUGGUUCCUGGUCACCGACUGGAACCCGCUGACCAUCUGGUUCUACAAGGAGAGCUAUCUGCGCUUCUCAACGCAGCGCUUCUCCCUGGACAAACUGGACAGCGCCAUCCACCUGUGCAACAACUCCAUCCAGAAGCACCUGAAGAACGACAAGGACCGCAGCCCCCUGCUGCCCUGUCACAACAUGUGGACCAGCACCCGAUUCCAGGAGUACCUGCAGAAGAGGGGCCGCGGGGCCGUGUGGAACAGCGUCAUCUACCCGUCCAUGAAGAGGGCCAUCACCAACACCAUGAAGGUGGCCCAGGACCACGUGGAGCCACGCAAGAACAGCUUCGAGCUGUACGGCGCCGACUUCAUCCUCGGGCGCGACUUCAGGCCCUGGCUGAUCGAGAUCAACUCCAGCCCCACCAUGCACGCGUCCACGCCCGUCACGGCGCAGCUGUGCGCGCAGGUGCAGGAGGACACCAUCAAGGUGGUGGUGGACCGCAAGGCCGACCGAAACUGCGACAUCGGCAACUUCGAGCUGCUGUGGAGACAGCCUGCGGUGGAGCUGCCCACGUUCCAGGGCUCCGAUUUGCUCGUGGAAGGCGUGGGCAUGAGGAAAGCCAGGAAGCAGAUGCCAGUGAUCGCCAGCUUUGACUCUGUGCCUCCGCUCUCGGACAUCCAUCUGCUGAAACAGAGGUGCCCCUCAGCCAUGCUAGACCUGGACCGGGGACCCCCACUCAUGGCUCUGCACCAGGAUUUGAAACUGAUAGGCGAAAAGGUACUUCCUUGCACCUUGCCUGUGCACUUACACAGGCUGGUGGAGAGGAGCACUAAAGCCAAGAGUGGCCACAGGGAGUCUGGCAGGAAGAUCGAACUCCCCUCCUGCACCUCUCAGCACCCAGACAAUAAGGCCCCCCGCCCCGCUCUUGCCAAGGCCGAGUCCGACAGACACUCAGAUCCAAACUCGUUACAUGUGCACCCACUGCCGUCUGUGCUUCCAAGUGUGAAGACCGCAGAGGGUGCUCCGUUUCAGCCGCCCAGACCACCAGGGUUGCCAAGGGCCCUCCCAGCGCCCUGCCUGGUGUGCCGAGGCUCGCUGCCGCCCGCCGGUCCCUGCAAGCGCUGCCGCUCCUUCUGCGCCGCCGUCCUGCAGGGCGCCUCCUUCGUGCCCCUCGGCGACGAGCUAGGCAGCGGCCUGUGGACCCUGUGA